AUGGCACGUAGGCUUAACCCCUUCCACCUCCUCUCUCAACCGCCCCAGCUCGUCGCCGCCCUCCGCCUCUUCUGGAUCCUCGCCGUCCUCUGGCUCGAGCUCGGCGUCUACAUCUACCAGCUUCGAUCGUGCUCGUGGCCCGACGAUGCCCUCGUAAGCGCCCCUCCGCUCAUCCGGGCACCAACCCGUGCCGAAGCAAGUCAUAUCUUGGUCGUCGCGGACCCGCAGGUCCUCGACCAUAGGUCCUAUCCCGAUCGUGGCGCGUUCUUGACCGCCGUCAGCCAAUACAUGACCGACAUGCAGCUCCGCAAGGCGUGGUGGGCGACGACGCGCCGUCUGCGGCCGGACAGCAUCGUCUUCCUCGGCGAUAUGAUGGACGGCGGCAGGUUUGACAUGUCCCUGGACGAAUACGAACGGUACUACGCCCGGUUCAAGAGCAUAUUCCGCGCCGACCCAUCGACAACGCCGGUGUGGUACCUGCCCGGGAACCACGACGUCGGGCUCGGCACGUCGACCGAAUUCUCCCCGGACGCCCUCGAGCGAUACAAGCUCCACUUCGGCGCGACCAACCGGAAGGCGUCCGUCGCGAACCACACGCUGCUCCUCAUCGACGCGCCAGGGCUCGUAGACGAGGACGCGCGCCGACGGCGUGCGGGCGCCAGCAUCGACGCCUGGGCCGCGUCGUCCUCCGAGACCGAAAGCACGCUCGCGUUCGUGCGCGCCCACGCCGACACAGGCGGACCCGCCGUGCUCUUCACGCACAUCCCGCUCUUCCGGCCCGACGACGCGGGGUGCGGGCCGCUGCGCGAACGGGGGCGGAUCCGCGCGGGCAGCGGAUUGGGGUACCAGAACACGCUCAGCGCGGAGCUCUCGGCGUGGCUGCUCGCGCGCGUCCGGCCCGAGGUCGUCUUCAGCGGGGACGACCACGACUACUGCGAGCACGCGCAUCCGUACGCGAUACCGGGGAGCGAGGAAGACGGGAAAACGGUGCGCGAGGCGACGGUCAAGUCGUUCUCGAUGGCGAUGGGCGUGCGCCGGCCGGGGUUCCAGGUGCUUUCCCUCGCCCCGUCCUCGCCCGCCGCGGACGCGGCGUGCCUCCUCCCGGACCAGCUGGGGCUCUACAUAUCCGGCUACGCGCCGCUCGUCGGGCUCUCGCUCGCGCUGCUGCUCCUUUUCGCGAGCGUUCGCCGUUGGACGUCUAAACGGAUCGAUGAAGAAGACGACGAAGAGGAGGAGGAGGAGGAGGAGGGGGAAGGCAAGGCCGAGGUUCUCCCCAUUGCGGCGCGCGGGGACCCGAGGUGGGCCCGAUAUCGGGGCCGGGGCCGGCCGCUCCGCCGGGUCGGCGACGAACGGGGACUGCGGCUUCGGCUUGGGGGCUGGUCGUGGGACGUGCGGAGACGGAUCGCGCUUGCCCUCGCCGUUCCGUGGUCGUCUUCGUCUUCUUCUUCUGCUGCUGCCGCUACUCCAUCGCGGAGACCGCGGCGGGGGGCACGGUGCUGGACGAACGUGCUUGCGCCGAGGUGUAGACGGAGAAGGAGGGGGCGGUGGGUGACCGAGUGGGCGAGGGACGUGGUGGACGUGGCGGGGCCGGCGCUGGGGACGUUCGCGUUAGUGGCGGUUUGGACGUUUCUUUGA